UAUAGUUGCUUGACUUUUUCUCUUAGUCUUAGGUAACUCUGAAGAGUCAGGAAUUCAUGAUUUGGGGCCUUUGACCAAAAUUUUGGGAUACCCCAACUUUGUAUUUAAGUCUUUAGGCUUCCUUGAGGGAGCUAUGUGCCUUGUGCUUAGUUACAUUCCAUUGUUGCAAUAACUUUUGUCAUUGAUCUAAUUCUCUUUUACUUCUCUACUUACUUUCAUCAUAACAAAAUAGAAUAUGAGUUCGUUCUUUGAUGAACAGGCACCAUGUUGUGGAACUCAUUUUUGGGUUAUGGUAAUCAUGUGUUGGAUCUUUGUACUAUUUGCUGCUAUCACAUCUGGUUUAGCUCUUGGGCUCUUGUCCUUUAGCCAAGUUGAUCUUGAGGUUCUUGUUAAAGCUGGCCAACCUCAUAUCCAGAAAAAUGCUGCAAAGAUUAUGCCAAUUAUUAAGAAUGAGCAUUUACUUUUAAGCGCCCUCCUCAUAGCUAAAUCAUUGGCAUUGGAGGGGGUUUCUGUUUCUAUGGAGAAAAUGUUCCCAGAAUGGCUUGCAGUAAUCAUAUCAGCUACCCUUUUAGGUAUCAUUGCUGAGAUUAUCCCUCAAGCAUUGUGCUCUAGAUAUGGUUUGAGUGUUGGGGCAACCAUGACUCCCUUUGUGAAAAUACUUCUGUUGAUUUUCUUCCCCAUUGCAUAUCCAAUUAGUAAGGUGUUGGAUUGGCUUUUUGGCAAGGGGCAUAGUGCACUUCUAGGAAGAGAAGAGCUCAAGGCUUUGGUUCAUUUACAUUCCAAUGAGGCAGGUAAAGGGGGAGAGUUGUCACUACAUGAAGCUACAAUAAUUGCUGGAGCAUUAGACUUAACAUUGAAGACUGCUAAAGAUGCCAUGACACCAAUAAGUGAAACAUUUUCUCUUGACAUUAACUCCAAACUCAACAUGCAUACAAUGGCCUUGAUAAUGAGCAAAGGUCACAGCCGUAUACCAAUUUAUUCUGGAAUACCAACAAAUAUUGUUGGUAUUAUCCUGGUCAAGAAUUUAAUCUUCUGUCGUUUGGAAGACGAAACGCCUAUUAAACAUAUGACGAUUAGGAGAGUUCCUAGAGUAGGUGAAAAUUGGCCACUAUAUGAGAUCUUGAAUCAAUUUCAAAAGGGUCAAAGCCAUAUGGCUGUUGUCAUCAAGGGUGAAGUGAACAUCAAAGAUGCUGCAACUGAUUCACAUGGACUUCGCGCCUUUGAAAUGGUUGAUUAUACUAGUAUGUCAACUGAUGCAUCAAAUUUGACCUCACAAGAAACAGAAUAUUAUAGUGCAACACUAAAGAAUGCCAUGAAGCUAGAGGGUGACUCGGAUGCAUUGCGCGCAAGAUCACGAUGCGAAAGUGAAGCAAACACAUCAUUUGAGAACGUGGAAGCUCUUAAUGUGCAUGAAGAAGUAAUUGGGAUAAUAACAUUGGAAGAUGUUAUGGAAGAGCUACUUCAGGAUGAUAUACUGGAUGAAACUGAUCAAUAUGUUGAUGUUCAUCAAAAUAUCAAGAUCAAACUGCAAAAUCCAAGAAGAAUGUCAUCAGGGUCCUCCAGAAGAUCCUCAAAUUCUAAUCAAUGGUGGAGAAAUUCAGACGCAUCUCGAGUUUGCUUCUUAACUCCUACAUAUGUUUCACCCAUUUCGGAAACUAACCAGAACUGAACAAGAGCCAAGUCUCUCCUCAUGAUUUGAUUUUGAUCCAAGGGGGAAGAUGAUAAAUGUUGCUAAAUCAUCACAAGUUACAAAAGAUUAAUGUACUUUACAUCAUUUUUCUCUCAUUCCUAUUAGUACUAUUAGUUUUAUACAUGUUCUAAGUCCUGACUUCAUUAACAAACCAAUACUCUUGAAAGGUUGAGUUUUAGAAGACUCGUAUCUUUUUUUCC